GUGCAAUCAAAACUGACACUGUCAGUCUUGAGGAAUUACACCAAAGAAUUUUAAGGGAUAAUCAGUGGUUUGUGCGAAGUUUUCAAUUGAGUCGCUUGCGACACCACAAUAUAUAUAAGGAUCACGAACGUGAGCAAAAAUAACUUUCUAAGACAUUGCGCUGAAUAAUGAAAAUUGUUUUCAGUCAAGUCUUUGGGUUGCUUCUCAUGGCUACCGUUGGUAAGUACUGCAUCGCCAUCAACUUUUAUUUCGAAGUGAAAUUUUGAAAUAACACUUAAGCAUAAAGACGAGAAUAUUCUUCAGUCUUAGGUGAAGAUGCAUUACGUGGUAAUGACCGCGAUUACCACCAUCAUAAUUCGCUAGCGGAAUCACAAACUAGCAAAAUCGGACGAGUGCGUCUUGUGGUAUUGAUUGUGGAAUCGCUGACUAAAUGUUAUAUGAAUUCGCACAAGUACCUUCUCAUAACAGACGUUUUUCUCUCUUAAUCUACUAACAUAUCAAUGCAACAACAGCAGUGACACGAAAUAUUUUCCGUCAUUUUCAUUAAGUUUCUUCCACUGUAUAGUCGCGUUAUUCUCGCAGCGAUGACAGCAGCUUUGAAAUUCAAGGAAAAGUCAGUUAUUCGUCAGUUGAAACAAUUUUGAAAACCACAUUUUUUGCACAUUGUCCAUUAAAUCAAUAUCAGCCUGUUUAUCCAUUACCUCAAACAAAAGAUCUCUUAGGUAUAUUUGAUUCAAUGAUAUUUCGAAAGCUUAGAACAUCUAGACGGCGUGGCAAUUUUACAAAAUGAUCCUCAUCAAAAAAUGUUUGCGUUUUGAAAUGAAAAUAGAUGAUAGAGUGAUAAGAUGAAGACAAAGCGAAUGGAAAUAUGUUUGCUUCGUUUUGAUGGAGACGAAAACGAACACUUUUGAAAACGCAUUAGUGUGGUCAAGGUUGCAAUAGUGCAUCACUACCUUGAUUGAAAUACGCGAGUUCACGUGCGGAAACCAAAGGUCUAAGUUUCGAUACCUCAAGAUAUUUUUCUUUGUCCCACGCUCGUGACAAGACAAAAAGACGUCUUUCUGUUAUUAUUUAAUUUACUUUUCAGUUGGGAUAGGUAUCAAACUCAUUCUUGGUAAAAGUGUUCUGUCGUCUUAAUAUCGGCUAAGAAUCAUAUCAGCAUAAAAGAAAAAAUGGCCUCGAAUUUCAGGUUCCGGGGUAUUUAACAUCGUUCGCCGAACGGUGUUGAAUACAAUGAUGCAUGUUGUAAUCAAGAAUUAAUUGUCAGUAGUGUGAUCGUCUGGUUUACCGAGGAGACAGUAUGCGAUCAGUGUCAGGUCUGUCUUAACUCUGGCGAUGGCUCCGUUCACUUAAACAUUACUCAUUACUAACAACAGUCCUUUUUUACGACUUACCUCGCCCGGACGAUUGCAUCAUACGAUCGCGCACAUUCAAACUUUAUAUCCUUGUGUCUUCCGUUUUUGCAAACCUCGCCAGAUGAUCAAAGUGUGUGAUGGGCAUCCAGCUAAAGUAGGCAAAUGAUUUCCCAUCUCAGCAUAAAGAUUUCAUAAAAAUUCCCUUUUAUUUAAUUCAUUUUUUCAGGCUUUGCUUUGACGUGUUUCCAGUGCAAGGGCUUAGAACAGUACUGCCUACAAGAAAAGCUCCGGCGCAACCGAACCCAAGACGCUUGCAAUCAGUACAUGGACAGAUGCAUCAUUAAAACCUUCAUGCUUGAUAUUGGGGUAAUCGAGAUGACCAGAGGCUGUGGAAGGGAAAUUGAGUGUAGAUUAGCAGCACAAGAUUGUAGGAGGAAGAGGAGUGCUCACCAUAGAUGCCAUGUGACCUGCUGCGAAGGAGAUUAUUGUAACGGGAGCAAUCAAAACAUCUGUAAAUUGCAUGUUAAUGUAAUAUUUCUCAUGUACAGUUUUCUAUCUGUAGUAAUGAAUCUACAGUAAUUCAACGUUUCACUCUUUAACUUCUAUGUGUGACCAAGAAAAAAUUUCUCCUUACAAUAUCAAGCAGACAAGUGAUGAGAAUACAGAAAAAUAUUUUAACGAAGGUCAGGAGCUCAUGAUGAGCUCCUGCUAGGGUAUCAUUAGUUGAUCCAAUACCAAAUUCUCCAAACUAUAACAAGAACUAUAUGGCAGACAGUAAGGAGAAUUACUAAUGAGAUUGUGGGAGUUAAAGGGUUAACAUCAAGACCGUGUCAACAAUUCCAUGUUUAAUGACAGUAUUUCAAGGAUAAGGAACAUUUAAACGAUGAAAGAGUAAGACACCGUCAGUCAUAAGUAACCAGUCAUUAUUUAUCGCCGAAGGGGG